AUGGAAUCGCUUACCCGUGUUUCUAUGAACGUGUGUCCAUUUGUCAAGGCUUCUUCUAGCCAGGCCUUGCGCCAAUUGAGCAAGCAGUCAGGCGGCUUGGCCAGCCAGGCUCGUCACUGCCCCAUCAUGGGUGCUGCUAUGGUGGCCAAGGAGUCUUCCAGAAGCUACUCCUCGGCCUCUAACCCAGCUAGAGCCACUGCUUCCUCCUCCAUCGCGUCUUCCACCACCGGAACCCCUUCCGGCUCCACUCCUUACUCGUUUAAGACCGACCUGCUUACUGGUAGCCAGAUGGACCUUUCCUCCUCGGAGUCUGCCUUCGACUACCAGGGUUUCUUGAGCACCGAGAUUGACAAGAAGCGUACCGACAAGUCCUAUCGUUUCUUCAACAACAUCAACAGAUUAGCCGAGGAAUUCCCAAUGGCUCACCGUACCGACGAAGCCAACAAGGUUACCGUCUGGUGUUCCAACGACUACCUUGGUAUGGGUCGUAACGUCGGCACCUUGGAAGAAAUGAAGCGUGUCUUGGACAAGUACGGUUCUGGUGCAGGUGGUACUCGUAACAUCGCGGGCCACAACAUCCAUGCCAUUCGCUUGGAAGCUGAACUUGCUGCUUUGCACAAGCACGAGGCUGCGUUGGUCUUCUCGUCUUGUUUCGUUUGCAACGAUGCAGUUUUGUCCUUGUUCGGUCAAAAGAUCAAGGAUUUAGUAAUCUUCUCCGACGAGUUGAACCAUGCUUCCAUGAUUCAAGGUAUCCGUAACUCUCGUGCCAAGAAGCAUGUGUUCAAGCACAACGACUUGUACGACUUGGAACAGAAGUUGGCUCAGUACCCCAAGUCCACUCCCAAGUUGAUUGCUUUUGAGUCUGUUUACUCCAUGUGUGGGUCUGUUGCUCCAAUCGAGGCCAUUUGCGACUUGGCUGAAAAGUAUGGUGCCCUUACCUUUUUGGAUGAAGUUCACGCUGUUGGUAUGUACGGUCCUCACGGAGCCGGUGUUGCCGAACACUUGGACUUUGAAGCCCAAUUGAAGGCCGGUAUCGCCAGUCCUCCAACUCAAACCGUGAUGAACAGAGUUGACAUGGUCACCGGAACUUUGGGUAAGGCCUAUGGUACCGUUGGUGGUUACAUCACCGGUAAGGCCAAGUUGAUUGAUUGGUUCCGUUCGUAUGCACCAGGAUUCAUCUUUACCACCUCGUUGCCCCCUGCUGUGUUGGCUGGAUCGAGCACCUCGAUUCGUUACCAACGUGCCACCAUGCAAGACCGUAUUGGCCAGCAAAAGAACACUCGUUACGUCAAGAACAACUUGACCGACAUUGGUAUUCCCGUGAUUCCCAACCCAUCGCACAUUGUGCCUGUGUUGGUUGGUAACGCUGCUGACGCCAAGCGUGCCUCCGACUUGUUGCUUGACAAGCACAAGAUUUACGUGCAAGCCAUCAACUACCCCACCGUUCCUAUCGGACAGGAGAGAUUGAGAAUCACUCCUACUCCCGGCCACGGACCUGAGGUCACCAACCAGUUGAUCAGCGCCAUCGACUCGGUUUUCCAGGAGUUGUCUUUGAACAGAAUCUCCGACUGGACCGCUGAGGGUGGGUUGUGUGGAGUUGGCGAGCCCAACGCUGCUGAGGUGCAACACGUUUGGACCGAUGCUCAGUUGGCCUUGACUGACGCCGACCUCAACCCCAAUGUGAGGGAUCCUGUCAUUCCUGCUGUUGGUGUUUCUUCUGGUGUGGAAAGCUACUAG